CGCGCAUGCGUAGAUGAUCCGGAUCCGCUCUCCCAAUCCCAGCAUUCCCUGUAGUUUGCAGAUGGCGUGCUUUUGAAUGUAGCAUGUAGUUCUGCUUCAAUCCCAACCUCACUUCUAUUGUUCAUCCGUCACAAUGAUGUUCCACGUCUGAGCAGCGUUUAUACCGGCUUCUGUACGUGCUACACGGGCGCGACAGUGCACAGAAGCCUCGGAUUGGUCUCUUAAAGCCAUCUCCCGCGAUGAUUGGAUAUCGUAUGAUGAAGAGACCAAUGGGAGCCCACUCCGCGUUGUUGGCGUUUUUGAGAAGGUGCAACGCAACGUGUACGAUAGUAUUGCUGGAGAUGCCCGGAUGUUCUUUUCUUGUGUGGCCUCCCCAUCGGAAAUCUAUGUCAUUGCUUGCGAUCAGGCUGCCGCAGGUUCGUCGACGUCGAGGAAUAUUUUGAGCAGCGACCACUGCCUCAGAAACGGUUCUGUUGUCAUUCGAACGAAACCUGAUCUGCAUGAUGUGGCUGCCAUGCUAAGCCUAACGGCAGCCAAAGACCUGUCUCUUACUCACGAAAAUGACUUCUACCGACGUCAAAAUCACGCACUACUACGAGGUCCUCCGAGGAAGAGCAGCUCCUUAAUAUCGGACUUGGGUGCCUACCGGACGUUCCAGUUUACAGCCGAGCGCACGGACCGCGACUUUCUGAUCCACCUGUGGUGCCAGAACUACACCAAAGCGUUCUACAAGGGUUUCCUGUUUCGCGCAAUCCAAAAGAAGGGACGUACGGAGUCCUAUUUUAACGGACACUUCAUCCGAGACACGAGAUCUCCGGACGUCCGAUUUGUUCGAUGUGACGAUACUCCCGACAGCGCUGUCACUCACAUAGACAGCAGCCGGAAGAAUGAAACGUACGUGAGAUGGGUGCCUCACGAACGUCCUUUCCACCCCGUGGUGGUUGUAUUCAGGGCCACCAUCGUGCAGCAGAGGGUGAUCUACUGGAUGGGCGUCGACACUAAAGUCGUCCUUGUCGGCUCGGCUUCCAGCUCUACAUCUACGUGGAUCCUUUUCAUCAUUGUUCCACUCUCCGCACGCUUGUUUAAGACAUAUUAUUGUUGAAACUAUCGAUAUCAUUUUACAUAAAUACAAUAAUGCUACUCAAG